UGGACAAGUUUCCAUUUUUUAGGUUAGAAACCAAACUGAUUCUCACAGAGGUGAACAUCUGUUUAUAUCUGAAUUGAUCACGUGAAGUGAUGUUUGGUUAAUUUAAAUUUUAAGCUUCUGUAUCAUUUUUAUUCAGAAUUUCUCGAAAAUUAUGCCUGUAUCAAAUAAUUAUACACGCAAUGGUAGGGCAGUAAUGUCUUCAAUGUCUGGAAAACUGUGUUCGGUUUUAUUGUUGGAACACUUUGGGCAGAUUGUUCAAACAGUGGGAAACGAUUUGUUUGAACAUGGAACGAAACCUUUGAGUUUUAUACGUUCCACUACGGGUCUACCUUUAUCAAAGGUCAAAGAAGCUCUGUGUGUUCUGAUAAAAUAUGGGAUCGUUGAAUUCGAGCAACUUGAAAAGUCAGUCAAAUAUUCUCUGGUCCCUGAAAACAUUUUAAUGAUUCUGCGUUUUCCUAGGUUUAUGUUCAUGGCAAAGAAAUUCUGUGGCAAUGAAGCCGAAAUGAUGUUAGAAGAAGUACUGAAGCAGGGUUAUGAAACUGGAUCACAGAUAAUUAUUAAAACGUAUCAAAAACUGUUGCAGACUUCCUCGGAGCAACUGGUACAAAUACCUCAGUUGAUCGAAAAGUUUGAAUUACUUGUUAAAAACCAAUUCCUAAUGCGUAGUGUGGGUGUAAUAAUUGAUAUGGAAGAGCCAUCUGAGAAAACAUAUUUUAGUUUACCAGAUUUUAAUUUACCUGCUCUCCAAAAAAUGGUGAAUGGAAACGAUGCUGAUCCUGGUGACUCCAAAAUAUAUUGGAAAGUAAAUUUUGAUAGAUUUACUCAGGACCUAAGAGAUCAAGUUGUGAUCUCAGCCAUUACAAAAAGGCUAGACGAAGAUGCUGGUGAAUUGAUGCGACAACUUUUGUACCUUAUGUAUCUGCGCACUGCGUCAUGGGCAGACACGUCUAAUCCUGUACCAUGCAGUGAAAUAAGAGAGGCAGUGAAGAAGUUAAAUUACCCAUUACUAACACAAUACCUGGAUCAAUAUCUUCGAGUCAUCGAAGAAGAUCCAUGUCAUUUUAUAAGUCGUGUCGGUGACUCAGGCGGAGGACAGUACAGCGUCAAUAUGAAGGAAGCUUUCGAGCAAUUAGCUUGGGCUACUUUAGAGAACAUAGUCCUGGAAAGAUUUGGAUCGAAAGCUGCUAGAAUAUUUAGAUUAGUUAGAAUGAAGACAUAUGUGGAGCAGGAACAAAUACAACAAUUGGCGAUGAUACCAGCAAAAGAGGCGAAACAUCUAACUUAUACGUUACUGCAAGAGAAUUAUCUCCAGAUACAGGAAUUGAAGAAAACGAGCGUAUCUGCUGCGCCAACAAAGACGUUCUUCUUGUUCCACAUCGAUUUGAAUCAGGUUGUGCGAAUGGAAAUCGAUCACUGCUAUCAAGCAUUGUACAAUUCUAUACAAAGGCGAGAGCAUGAAUCCAAUGUAAAUAGAAGAAUGAUAGACAAGCAAUUACGAAUACAGACUCUAACCAGUAAUCUGAAAGAACAUGGAGCCACCGAAGAACAAUUAAACGAGAUCGCAGAAAUGAUGACGCCGUCAGAAAAGCAACAAUUGGAAAAGGUACAAAACGUAAUCAAGAGAUUGCGCGGUUGCGAGUUGCAAAUAGAGGAAACGUUAUUUAUAUUGUUAAUGCAUUUAAAAUACGCGAAAUAAAACUUGAAAGUGAAAAAGAGAAAAUAGGCCCUGUUAAUAUCGCAUACGAUUAAUACAAAUUGAGCCCCUACUCUUGUAAAUAUUAUUUCCAAAGAGCAAAAGGAAAUAUUUAAUAACAGACAGUCGACAUAGAUCGCCAUAAUUGGCGAUGACAUAUUCAAGUCAACGCAGCAUCGUUCAUUUAUAUAGUGCAUUUGAUGUCACUAUCCAUGGUGGGAAAAGUCACACCUAGGACCGACCGACUUUAAUCGACGUGUCGUCUGAUAUGAAUAAUUAUGUAUAUAUGUAUAUAACAUUUAUCAAGACGCUUCCCAACGACGACGGUCCCCGCCGUUGCGGCGCAAUUGCGACUUCCGCUGCACACCGUCUACACGUGGCAACUAAACGGAAACUCUCCCAACGAAAAUGUACAACACUUAAUUUAACGCGUUCUCGGAGAGGAGAGGUAAGAACGCGAAAUCAUGUACAGCAGACCCUCUCUCUAGCGAAGUUCUAACGACAGUAACACAUUCUUGUAGCAAUAAUCGCAACAACGGAUCCCGGCAAAAUCGUCGACGUUAAUCAAGCACCAUGGUUCGUCAUCAUCAAGGACGUUCCAGCCCCCGUUCAAUUUUCCUGCUGAGUGGCUCGUUUUUUACCUCUCUCUCUUUCUCUUUUUUUUUCUUUCUUUUUCCUCUUUUCUUUACGCAGAGAGGUCCCACUGUAACUGGCUCCGACUCGGUAAGACGGCCAAUACACGGAGGAGUAAUCAAGAAA